AAUUGUCCGCAGGCACUACUCGAAACGAUGAGGAUCAAACUAAUCAUAAUCUAUCUAUGGAAUUAACUACAUGUUUUACUCAAGAUCAGUCUAAUAUAAGUUUGCCAAACAUUUAUGAUGCAGGAAUUACUCAGCAUUGUGAAAAACAAAUCAACACUUUACAACAACAAUAUAAUGCAAAACCAGUUAAAGAAAAUAAACAUCCAGUUUCACUGGUUUCUAGGC